AUGUUUGUCAAAGUCGAGGGAAGCAAGAAAUGUAUCCUUAUUAUCUAUGUUGAUGACAUAAUACUCACCGGAGAUCACCUUGAGGAGAUAGAAAGGGUAAAGGCUGCCCUUGGCAACGAAUUUGAAGUUAAAGAUCUAGAAAGGGUAAAGGCUGCCCUUGGCAACGAAUUUGAAGUUAAAGAUCUUCAAAAGUUAAGAUACUUUCUUGGGAUGGAAGUUGCCAAGUUAAAGAAAGGGAUCUAUGUUUCUCAGAGAAAGUAUAUACUUGACCUUCUUACUGAGACAGGUAUGUUAGGUUGUAGACCUGUUGAAACUCCUAUUGAGGUCAAGAAAUUGAAGAAAAAACCUAAAGACAAGAAUAGGAAAGAGAAAGAUUUCGAGGAACUAGGAAGAAAAAUUAGAUGA